GAGCUACAAGAAAAGGGAGGGCUGUGGAUUACACCAUAGCAUUCAGCUCCAGUAGGGCGUUAUUAACGUUAGUAACUGUAUAUGCACUUAAAAAACAAAUUCUGAAAAAAAGAUAAACUUGUUUAAGCAGAAACUUUAAUGGCAACGAGUGUAGGAUUGGCCAUGAAUCCGCCCCACGCGACUGAAGAAAGGGCAGUUUUCACGCAGCUGAAGCCGGUGAGGAUGUCGGGAGCGGAGGGCGCCGAGGACACGUCCGUGUUCGAGGACGUCAAGCCCGCGAUUCAACUCGAAUUAGACAAAUACCUUCCCCAGCACAGCAGUCCUCUACUGAGUACCCCGAAUGACACUACCGACAAGAAGUACAGACGAGAGAGCGCCUCCGUGGUGGACGAGUACUUCGCAGAGGACAAACCAUCCAUCCCAUACAGCCUCAACAUCAACGUCAUCCUUCCCAGCACCACUCACCUCCGCACAGGCCUCUACAGGCCCAACACCAAGACCCUCACACCACAGCAGAUCAAGACGGAACCUGGGAUGGAGGUGCCCUGCUCCAUCCCAACCAGCCAGGCCCUUCCAGACUUCACCUCGGUGUUCAGCGUGCCGCCUGUAGUCAACAACGUUUUCAUAAAACCGGACAUGAGCGCUGGAGGAAUGGUGAGCGUGACCACAGGAUCUCAGCAGCAGCAGCAGCCAAACUUGGACACAGAGCUUCACAUCGGACCUCCACCUCCACAGCCGCAGGUCUACCACAUGCCCAUCGCGAGCAGUGGCGACCUCACCAUGACCCUAUCGCACAACAGUCCCUCACCGCACGGCUCCAGCAGCGGCAGGACCAUGCUGAACCUCAGCAACGCCACAUUGCCGACGACCAACGGCAACUACAUGAUGGCAGAGCACCAACUGCCACAUCAUCAUCCCGGCUACUACCAGCACUCUCCAAACAACUCAUCCCAGCACACAGCGCCACACAGCCUACCGCCUUCGCCACCAAAUUCCCAGCCCGGAAGCCCAGACGGCCAGGCAGAGCUGCUGAGCCUAGCACCCCAGGGUCCACCCCCUUACCAGCAGCGUAUGGGAGGAAUAAAGCUAGCGGGGAUGUCUCAUCAUGCCAUGCUGAUGACACACGGCCAGGGUGUCUUAACAGGUCCAAAAUACAAUAGGCGAAACAACCCAGAGCUGGAGAAGAGGAGGAUUCACUUCUGCGACUACCCAGGCUGCACCAAAGUUUACACAAAGAGCUCGCAUCUGAAGGCACACCAAAGAACACACACAG